UUUAACAGAAUUUUGUCACUUUUUUUUUCAUGUCAUUUUCUCAACAUCAAUAGGACGUGUAGAUGGAAUCUGACAAUUGGAAUUCUUAGAUCCAACGUAAUCUGAUGAGUGAAGAGAACAUCAAUACCAUGUGUAGUGUGUAGCGGCGUAAUAAAUAUCGUACCAAGUUUUCCAUCAGUGUAUAUAUUACAAACACAUGGACACGUUUCUUGUCUCAAACCUUCUGAAAGAAACAUCUACGAUAGAUAUUUACUAACCUUUUUUGAAGCUUAUUGGUAUAGAAUCAAAGUUAGGCAUACGUUAAGACAAACAAAUAUUAAAAUCUAAGAUUUUUUAUAACGUGAUUUAUUGGGACAAAGACUAUAGUCUUAUAUAUUAAUAAAUGUGAGAACCUAAGGCCAUUAAUUUGAUAGUUAAAAACUCUUUGAAAUGGUCAAUGAUCAAUAAUAAUGUUCAAAACAUUUGAAGAGUUAUAAAAUCAAUCCAUUGAAAUCGCAAAAAGCAAGAAAGUACUGUAACAGAUCUUAUCUUCUCACUACAUUCCUCUAUAUCUCCAAUGGCUAAUAAGCUGUUGUAUUGUGUAAUUUUUUCUAUGUUUUUGUUGCUUACAAUGUUACGAGUUUGGCGAACAACCGCGAUUGGACCGCAUGUUUAUAAUCGAAAAGAAUUGAUUGAAAGGCUUUUCGAAUCUGGAUUUGCUUGUCUUCGCGUGGGAUUUCAUGAAGAUCAAAAGUACUUUAGGUCUUAUUUUCUACAAUAGCUAAUCAGUACACAUACUGAUCAAUGGUCAUGUUCGUAUUUAAAUUUGAUGAAGAAAAUGUGUGUACACUGGCGUGACAAUGAUUUAUUUCUUAUGUUUUUGGUCA